AGUUUGAAAAAAGAGCAGAAAAAAAGCCCCACGCCUCUUUGGCCGCGCGGGUGUGGACGACUGCGGCCCGGGACCGAGCUCCGGCGGCCCGGCGCUGGCGGAGGCGUGGCCGGCGCGCGGGGAUGGGGGUCACGGUGGACGUGCACCAGGUGUACAAGUACCCCUUCGAGCAGGUGGUCGCCAGCUACCUCCGAAAGUAUCCCAACCCCAUGGAUAAAAAUGUCAUCUCUGUAAAAAUUGUGGAGGAAAAAAGAGAUGUGUCAACAGGGAUCAUCUACAGAAAGAGGAUUGCAAUCUGUCAGAAUGUGAUUCCAGAAAUGUUAAGGAAGGUGAGCAUUUUAAAGGUACCUAGUAUCCAGUUAGAAGAGGAAUCAUGGCUCAAUCCUCAGGAAAGAAACAUGGCUAUGCGGAGUCACUGCCUUACGUGGACACAGUAUGCAUCCAUGAAGGAAGAGUCUGUCUUCCGGGAAAGUACAGAAAAUCCAAAUUGGACAGAGUUCAUUCAAAGAGGCAGGAUUUCAAUCACAGGGGCUGGCUUUCUCAACUACAUUUUGGAAACGUUUGCCAGCACGUUCUUAAGACAGGGAGCCCAGAAGGGAAUUAGAAUAAUGGAGAUGCUGCUAAAGGAACAGUGUGGUGCCCCCUUAGCUGAAUAAAGAAUCAUCAGGGAGCUGUGUUGUGUCUCCUUCCGCUCGAGAAUCACUUCUCGGACACAACACAUCAAAGACACGGUUUUCGAAAUAAGAUUUAAGGAUUCAGUGUCGGCAGCUUAAAGAAGAGGAGACCUUCCUGCCAGGACGUGAGAUGAUACACUCCCCUGGGAGCCUGCCUCAAAUAACAGCACUCGUGGAGAUGUGCCCUUCUAGCUGAUUUUUAUGGCACAGUCUCUUUAUGAUUUUACAUAUAAAGGAAAAAACCCAUGGAAGGUGAUGUCCGCCCUUCUUCAGGAUGUCCUGCUGACUGCCUGGUGACUGUGCCAGGGCAGCCAAGGACAGGCUAGAGGCCUGAAGAGUGGUGCUUGUGCCUUUCUGUUACCUGCGUCAUUGCUCAUAGGAUUCGUGAGAGGAUUCUGGGACAGAUAAAGGAAGUGAACCUGAUACUUGAUUCAUAGGUGGCCUGGAACAGAUGGGAAUGUAACAGACCUGUGUUGAAGCUAAGCCAUAUUUACAGUAAUGUUUAAGAUUCUCGGAAAUCGGGAGCAUUUGAUUUCUAUAAGAACUACAUAACUGCCAUCCGUGUAGCUUUUAUAAUGUACCAUGUGAGCUGUGAGUUGGUUCUCUCAAAGAACAUAGGAUGGAGAGUUUGAAGGCAGAUUAUAAUCUUGGCUCCUACUAGCUCAUUCUGUGAUGUGGAGCAGAUCUUAACUUCUCUGUUUUUCACAGGGCAAAUGGGAAUAAUCGGACACAGAUCUUGCUACUUGUGAUGAUUAAGCAAGGUAAUCCGGUGUGACUAGCACGGGUUUGAGAGUCAGACAGACUGGGUUUGAAUCCAAGUGCUGCCACCCACUAGCUCAAUGAUCAUGUACAUAAUUUUAAAUCUUUCUGGAGCUCACUUUUUAAAUUGGUAAAAUGAGGUUAUAGAAUUAUCUUUGUCAGGUUGCUACACUGAUUUGAGAUCAUGUAUAUAAAGUGUCUAGCAUGCUAUGUGGUGCAUAGGAAAAGUCCAGUAAGUAGAAGCCAUUGUUAUCUGAAACCAUUUUGAAAACCAUUUGAAAAACGUACUUUUCAAAUGUAAGGUAGUAUUACUGUUUGAAAAUUAGAGGACAGUAGUUUGCAUUUCCUAUGAUCAGAAGCCAAAAUAUAAAUGCAUACUACCUAACAGAAAGCUUGAAGAGAGGCAGUAAUUUGGAAUUCAUCUUCUUAAGAUAAAAAUUGGGCCAUUACUGGAAAGUCUUAGGAAAAUUGUUCUUUUUUUAAUAUUUGAAAAAUUUUCCACUUAGUACAUUGAUGAAUUUCAAAGCAAUUACAUUUUUUUUUAUACAAGUCUGCCACUGUGAGCCUCUUCUUAUUGUGUUUGAGCUAUUUGUGCUGCCUGAGUUUGACUCUUAGGAUAAUUUCCCUUCAUUUUCUUGGUGUUUCAUUCUUCAAUUGUGUUGGAGGGAAAGUGAAUGGUAGAAAACAGAACACCCUUUGACCUCCUUUUCCAGUUUGUAAAUGGCAUUUAGUAGGCUUUGGGAAUAAUGGCUCGUUUCCAAAAAUAAGAGGUGAUGUGAAUUAUCAUGGAAGUGAGAGGCAAGAAAUUUGCAUUUGCAGGUUGAUAUUGACAUAAACUUAACCCUUCAUACUCAACCGCUUGCAUCCUCUCAGCAGGGGUUUUCAACCUUUGCUGUCAGUUAGGACUACCUGGGGAGCUCUGUGCAAUCUUGAUGCCCAGGGUACAUCCCAGACCAAUAAAUCAGAAUCUCUGGGGCAUGGAACCCAGGCAUCAGUAUUUUUUAAAGCUCCCCAGGUGAUUCCAAUGGGCAGCUAAGGAUGAGAACACAACAAUGAAUUCUAUGUGAUUUGCAGACAUUAUCUGAUUUCUUAAAACGAUCUGAGGUAGCAAAGGAUCUUUGCAGCAAGAAUUUUUGUUAGAAAUAGAAAGAGUGAAGCACAGAGAGGUUGCAUUUUUAUCUUAAUUCCUUGAAGCUGGGGUGGCCUGCAGGGGUCUGGCAGGUGAUCUGAUGAGCGAAGCAGACUGCUGGCCACUGGGGAGCCCCCCGGGAGCACUCGCCCUGCUAAAGGUGAGCGGCUGCUGCCUGGCUGCAGCCUGCUCCAGCACAGUGUUGCCACAUCGCUGGUUUUUCUAGUUCUUCUGAUUUCCAAUUUUCCAUGAAAAGGCAGAAUUUGAAAAAAAGAAAUCUUCCAAUUUUUACAUGUUGGUGGUGAAUUCAAGAUUGUUUGAAACAUUGUGCUGGCCAAGCAAAACAUGUUUGCCAGUAGUUUCCAGCCUUUGCUUCAAGAGCGUUAAGGACUACCUAGACAUCCCAGCCAAUUGUUAAUAGAUUUGCACGUUCCUGUUCUGGAUGUAAGCUGCACUCUGCCUCUCCUCCAAGACUGCUUUUAGAUGUAUUUUCCUCCCCAUUCCCAAGUCAUCCUUUGGACUGACUUCAGACACCUUUCCUCACUCAGUAUUUUUUGUUUCCCCUACAGGCAUCCGUUGCUUCAAGCUUCACAUUUAUGGCUUAGAAAUCUUAUGCUUUUUAAAAAAUUAAUCAGGUCUUGUUAGAGUUUAUUUUUAUUAUAUUCAGAAUCUUUUGCCUAUGAUAAGCCACUUAGAAGCCACAUUUAACUUUGUUUCAUUAUCUAUAGCCUGGUGUAAGAAACGUCAAAACCAGGAGUGCAGCCUUAUCGGGCACAUUAGGAACAAGUGUGGGAAAGGGUUAAUCCUCAGACCUGGCCAGUCUCCUCCUGACUGUGUUGCUGAGCCUACACUUCAAGGUGAUGAUUUGCUACAGUGAUUCCAGAACUUCCACUUGUCCCAGAAGUCCCUGGGGAGGUGUGCUGAACUGCAGGUUCCCAGGCCCCUCCUCCAGCGGUUCUGAUUCAUGAAAUUUCACUUGGGACCCGGGGAUCUGCAUUUUAAAUCAAGUUCACCAGGAGAUUCAGUUGUGCUGUUCCACAGACCACAUCUUGAGAAACGCUGAGUUCAGGGAGGUGUUCUUGCCGCUGCAUCUCCUUUCUUUAAGAAGCUUUUGCAGCCUUUGGGCCCACUGAUCACAGUUGAUCACUCAGGACACAAUGUAAAUUCCUUUUCAGAGAGAAGCUGACUUAAGCUAUCCCUACAUGAUUGAGGUGCUUUUACCAUGAAGGGGAUUCUGUGGUUUCAAUCAUAUGUGGAUAAAAAAGGUGCUGUAUUGUUUUUAUAUAGAUUGCUUUGUGUAUUUUAUAAGCCAUAUAUGUGUAGUAAUAUCCCAUUUAUCAGACAUUAUGGGGUGCAUGCUAUGGACAACUCAAGGUUAUUCUAAGUUGCACAUCUUUUUGGCUUCAUUUCAACCAUUUACAAGGAACUGUUAAUUUAGUAUAUGUUUUCCUGCUUUUGCAAACAGAAUCUACUGAAGAUAAUGAAAUCUUUUCAGGGUCAUCAUUUAUGUUUUUGAUUCUUUCGGGUCCUGUAUAGGUUGUGAAAGCCCCUGCACACAAUGUGAAUAGCUCUGCUCUUUGAGUGGUUUUUAUAGUUUUUCUUUUCCCUCACUGUUAUUUGUCAUUUCUGCCGUUACUCUGUCCACCUCUAGGACUUCCCUCUUGUUUGCUGUCUGGGGUUGGGAAAUCAUGUAAUUGCAUACUGUAUGUCAAGUAACAGCAAACAGGACCCGAGUGAGGCUUUGAGAGGCUUUUCUGGUAGUAAAAUGAAUGAACGUUGGUGCAUUGACUUGGUGACGUUAUCUUAGUGGCUCUGCUCCUUCCUCCAGCUUCCUUCCUGAUCCUCAACUGCAGUUGUCAGAUCUGUGACCUCAAGAUAAGAGAGAUGUUGCUAGAAAUGAUUUCUUUUGAUCUGUAAGCUGUUGUCUCCCCCAGUUGUGUUAGUGUUUUUUAUAUAUACAGUUCUAUAAUGUGAAAUCUUAAGUAGAUUAAAAUUCAAAUGAACAUUUUUCUCAGGCCAAGUUUUUGUGCAGGAUAAAAUGUUUCUGAUUCUGUGCUAUUGUGAUUUAGAACUAUUAAUUAGUUGUAUACCUAUGAAAUUCAAUCCUGCAGUCAUUCUGAAAUAAAAGUGUUACAACUAA